AUGGACCGCGCCACCAUGGCCCUGGCCUUGCUGCUGGCGACACUACUGGCCGCCUCCGCUGAGGCCACCCCCGUCAACAAGUCCUGCGUCACCGGCAGCGCCGGCGCCUCCGUGAGCAUCGGAUACGGCGGAGCUGGCGCCAGUGCCGGCGCCGGCGUGUCCCUCGGCGCCGGCUGCCCCCGCGCAGAGGAGAUCGUCCGUGCGGCCGUCGAGCAGGCCGUGGCCGCCGACCCCCGCAUGGCCGCCUCCCUCCUCCGCCUUCACUUCCACGACUGCUUCGUCAACGGCUGCGACGGCUCCGUGCUCCUGGACGACAAGCCGUUCUUCGUCGGCGAGAAGACGGCGGGGCCCAACGCCAACUCGCUGAGGGGGUUCGAGGUCAUCGACGCCAUCAAGGCCGAGCUCGAGCUGGAGUGCCCGGAGACCAUCUCCUGCGCCGACGUCCUCGCCAUCGCCGCCCGUGACUCCGUUGUCGUCUCUGGUGGACCCAGCUGGGAGGUGGAGACCGGCCGCAAGGACAGCCUCACGGCGAGCCUGCAGGCCGCCAACAGCAACCUCCCGGCGCCGACGUCCGGCGUCGCCACGCUCGUGCAGAAGUUCACCAACGUCGGCCUCACCGCGAAAGACAUGGUCGCCCUCUCCGGCGCGCACACCAUUGGGAAAGCACGGUGCACGACGUUCAGCGCGCGGCUGGCCAGCGUGGGCGUGUCGGCCAAGGACAGCGGGUUCCUGCAGUCGCUGCAGCAGCUGUGCGCGGGGUCGGCCGGGUCGGCGCUGGCGCACCUGGACCUCGCCACGCCGGCCACCUUCGACAACCAGUACUACAUCAACCUGCUCUCCGGCGACGGCCUGCUGCCGUCCGACCAGGCGCUGGCCGCGCCCUCCGGCUCCGGGGCGGAGGACGUCGCGGCGCUCGUGUCCGACUACGCCUUCGACGCGGCCCUCUUCUUCGACGACUUCGCGGCCUCCAUGCUGCGGAUGGGGAGGCUCGCGCCGGCCGGCGGCCGUGCCGCCGGCGAGGUCCGCCGUAACUGCCGUGUGGUGAACUAG